AUGGUGAAUCUGAGUCCAGCGGCAGGCACCUUCCUCAACUUUCUGAUCCGGCUCCUACUUCCUCACUCAGUCGCGGUCUCCACCUCAAGCACCUUGAGAACGCCUUCCCAGCGCGUCGUCAAAACAAAUUCGCACCAUCGCGGCUGCAUUUUAUGUUUUUCCUCACCAGCACACUGCCUCACUCUUCCCCUUUCGUACGCACUCAUCCGCGUACACAUCGCAAAAAAGCCCCAAAUCCUUUGCGAUCUUCACAUUCAAGUGUUCCUCACAACACCAACUUCAACCCAACUUACAAGCGAACACCGAGCAACUGUGGACCGGCUAGCGAAGAUGUAUCUCGACUCCCAGACUGUCGACAUCGUUGAGGUGCUCAAGGAGAAAGCUGCCUUGAACGCCCGUCUCGAGGAGGCCACCAAGAAGCUCGCUGCUACCAUGGAAGAUUUCGAGAUUGAGAAGCAGGAGCGCACCAAGGCCGAUGUCGAGGCCAACAACCCCAUGAUGCAGUCAAUGAAUCCUGAGCCGAUUGAGCUUAUGGUAACUGAGCAUUACGUUCACCGCUCUUCUUCCUCCGGCCGGGCUGACAGCGCUACCUGA